AUUGACUGUACUUAUGAUAUUUUUAUUUCUUUUCAUGUUCUUCUGUUAAUUUUAUAUUGGGUGCUAAGUAUUUUCUGUAAAUUGUUUAGAUUAUUGGGUGUUGAGUAUUUUCUGUAAAUUGUUAUUAUUAUAAACACUUUGUAUUCUUUGAGCUUCAGGAAACAAUUUUUAGCUUUGAUUUUUGUGUCUAAAUAAUUGGGUAUUAAGUAUUUUCUGUAUAGUAUCAAUUUGUAUUCUUUGAGAUUCAAGAAACAAUAUUUAGCUUUGGUUUUUGUGGUUAGCUCGGUCUGCUUAUUUUCCUGUCCUUGUUGGACUAAUUUUUUUAUCUUAAAAUUUGUCACCAAAAAAAAAAAAAAAAACUUACUGUUGGUCACAUUUGUUAAUUACUCAAUUUUUGCUGCUAUUUAUGCUUGUUUGUCACGAUUCUGGAUAUUGGAAUGCAGUUGAUCUUUUCUUGUCUUUGGGUUAUGCUAAUUGGUAACUAACUGAGUAUUACGGAUAAUUUUUUGUAUUUGCUACUUCCCAUUAUUCAUUGAGAUUAAGAUAGUGCUUACUUACCCUCGGGCUUUGGUCUAGUGGUAAGGGUGCAACAAGUGAUGUGUGUGUCAAGACACUUUACAAGUUCGAACUCUGCGGUAGACAAAAGCCUGGUAUUUAAGUGGAGAAGGGUAGAUAGCGGACCCAUUAUCCAUUGAGUUUCGGACCAUGCUGCUAGUUCUCAUUAUUCAUUGAGAUUAAAAUAGUGCUCACUGACACAAGGCUUUUGUCCAGCAGUAAGGGCCAGCGCCUAAUGUGUGGCUCAGGCGCAAGCUAGGGGUUCGAACCCUAUCAUAUACAAAAGCCUGGUAUUUAAGUAAAGAAGGGCGGAGGGGAGCCCAUUAUCCUUCGAGUUUCGAACCGUGACUUCCCUCGGAGAUUUCUCUACUAUCCAAAAAAAGGAAAAUAGUGCUUGCCCGUGCACGAAGUGCUCCCCAACUAGUAUGAGGGUAUGGUGACUGGUGAGGGUGGGUGUGUAUUGUAAACAGCCUUCCCCUUGCAUUUCUCAAAAAGGCUGUUUCAAAAUUCGUUAAGAUUGAAGCAACACCUGUUAAUUUGGGUAUUCAAAGCAUAAAGCAGUAGCGUAUUUUCUGGAUGAUCCGACAUUGGUGUGGCAGCAGCUUUGGAGAGUCCAUGCAACAUAACCACACAUUCGUGCAAGCAUUUUUGUAUUGGUUUCGAGAUGGAGGAUACAUCUAAAGAAGAAGACAAGUUGUCUGAUGGGGCUUCUGAAAAUGCACCUCCGAAGGAACAAGAAACCCGUGAGGAGAUGCUUUCAAGGCAUAGGAAAGAGAUUUCUCAGCUACAGGACAGAGAAAUGGCAAUGAAAAAGGCAGCAGCUAAGGGCAGCAAGGCUGAACAGAAAGCUAAGAAGAAACAAGUCGAUGAAGAGGUGUCCAAACUUUCUGCUCAGCUCAAACAAAGGCACGCGGAGGAACUUGCUUCAUUAGGCUACAGUGGUGGUAGUAGCAACGAAAAAGAAAAAGGAAAUCUUGACACGUUGGUGAAGGCUAUUGCUGGUGUUUCUGUCGGUGUUCAAUCUGACAGUUCAAAACCGAGCAAGAGUGUUAAGAGGCGUGAGAAAAGAGCUCAACAAGAAGCAGCCAGAGAGCAGAGAAUACAAGAAGAACAGAGUAACAUUUUAAGCGAUCGAGUUAUUGAGAAUGAAAAGUUAGAAAGAAAACUUGAACCCCUUGGAUUAACCAUUAUUGAAAUAAAGCCCGAUGGACACUGUCUCUACCGAGCUGUCGAGAAUCAGUUAGCGCUUCACUCUGGAGGUUUGUCGCCUUAUACAUAUCUUGAACUCCGACAUAUGGCGGCAGGAUACAUGACGAAACACGCCACCGACUUUCUCCCCUUUUUCCUCUCUGAGAAUAUGAGUGAAGGAGAAUCGGAUGAUUCUGUUGUGGAAAGGUUUGAGAAUUACUGUAGAGAAGUGGAGACAACCGCAGCAUGGGGUGGACAACUUGAACUCGGUGCUCUAACUCAUGUCCUAAAGAAACAUAUCAUGAUUUUUUCGGGGUCCUUUCCUGAUGUAGAGAUGGGAAAAGAAUACAAAUCUGACAGCAGCACUAGCUCUUGUAAUUUAAGUAUAAUGCUAUCGUACCACAGACAUGCAUUUGGGCUUGGCGAACAUUAUAACUCGGUUGUCCGGAGUUUAUCCUGAGAGGUAUGUUCUAUAUCAUGUGAUCAAGUGCUUUUCUAGCAAUAUUUGUAAGCUUAUGUUGUCCUCUUGGUUUACAACAAUCUGCAGUUAACAUACCAUUUUCUGUACCAAAUUAUGUUAAGAGUAAUGGUGUUUUUAUGUGAGGUAGUGAUUUCAUUUUUGUAAUUUAAGCAAAUGUGAUUUAUUGUUCUUCUCAUAUAUCAAUGUGUUGCUCUCUGGUAACAGAAACUCAAUUUUUCAGUUGGGACUUCUGAUUUUAUGAAUACAAGAAAAUUUUAUCGCA